AUGGGGCGCACCAAACGCCCAGAGUACUCCCUGACCCCGGGGAACCCCCAGCAGAGACCUCUGGACGGCUUCUUACAGCCUCAGCCUGGGGCGAGCGGGGAUACCGCGAGCCCCAAGAUGGCGCCGGCACCCAGCCAGGGGCCGGAAAACACUGCACUGGAGAGGAUUGAAGGCACCCUCCGGGAACUAACCACAGCUAUGGCCACCAAAGCUGACCUGCAGGCCAUAACAGCCACCAUACAGGAAACGCUGCGGACGGAGGUCGCUGGACUCAGCACGGAGCUUGCCGCGCAUGCGGGCCGCAUCACCGCAUUGGAGGAAGCGGAUACGGCCCUCACGGCCCGCAUGGCGUUCACUGACAUUGCGGUUGCCAGACAAGGCGAGAUGCUGCUCACCAUGCGCCGACACCUCGAGGAUGUGGAUAAUAGAGGUAGGAGGUGUAACAUCCGCGUACGUGGUGUCCCAGAGGCUGAAGGGGCAGAAGAUGUUCAGGACACCCUUCAGGAGCUUUUCCAUUUAAUCAUGCAGCCGUCCCCGCCUCCACAGAUUGAAUUCGAGAGAGCACACAGGGCCCUACGACCCCGAAAUGCGGAGGACGGACCGAGAGACCUCAUCUGUUGUCUGAGCUCUUUCCCGGUGAAGAAUGCUAUCAUGGUGAAAGCCCGGGACCGCACAACCUGGACCUUCAGAGGGGCCCAGGUCUCACUCUACAACGACCUGUCAACUAUCACCCUGGAAGCCAGGCGAGCUCUUCGCCCUGUAACAGCGACACUACGAGAACAUAAUGUGACUUACAAAUGGGGUUUCCCCUUUGCCUUGAUGGCAAGGCACCAGAACCGGUGGGUUACCCUAAAAUGGCCGGAGGAGGUGCCGCGGUUCCUGGGAGAAUUAGGCCUCCCACCACAGACAAUCCCCAACUGGAUCCUGGGAUCACUGGGCCCCCCGCCGAGAACACAGAGGGAACCAAGGCAGCGGAAUGCGAGGGCUCCUGCUACUUCUCAAGCUGGAAGACAUAGGGAUCCAACAUCCCCAGAGGAAUAA